AUGUAUGUGAAAUGGUUUGAUACAGUAAUGUUUUACUAUGUUAUUUUAGUGUAUUUAGUGAAUGUCACUUUUUCACAUUUUUAAAUUUCCCGUCAGUUCUGUCCCCGUACGUCCUGACGUCGCAGGGAAUGGAACCCGGAAGACAGAUGCCGGCAUCGAGGACACUGCAGGAGGGACAUCAUGGGAGCGCAGGACAAGGUAAGUGAAGAAGAGAUCCCGGAGCAGCGCUGCAGGGUAUUCCCGAGUGUAGCUCAGGGGUUACCGCUUGUGCUACACUCGGGAAUACCUCCAGGGAGGUUA